CGCGCACACGGUGUCCCACCACCCUGCAGGCGCCCCGCGCUGAUCUUGUAACGGCAGGCAGGGUUCCUGCACAGCCAGCUCUGGUUAGCUGUGCACACUUUGUCGAGGCAUGGGGGAUCCAGCGCCCAACCCCGAUCCCGACCCCUCCUCCCAAAGCCGGAGGGCUUCCCAAACCUCAGAAAGGGGACGAAGUCGAGAGUUCUCACAGCCUCUGGUGGUCAUCCCAGAGGAUGGGGUGCGCCAAUCUCUGGACGAUGUGCUGCUGCGCAGACCUUUACAGCGGCUUAGUCGGAGCAGUCAGGGCAGUCAGGACCAGGGCACUGGCCAGGUCCACAUGCCACAGAGGUCCAGCCUGACCCCAGAUCAUCAGGGCGAGGAAGGCGUGGAGUAUCGCCGGCCCGGAAGCUUGAGCCUCCCACCAGGCUUUCCCUUGGAGUUAUCCUCACAGUACCUGGACGAGAGCAGAGUGAUGCAGCAGCUGCAGCAGGGCCAGGCCAUCUUAGAAGAACUGGAGGCGCCCUACCAGGACGAAGGCUCCGGCCUCCUGGGCCAGUUCAACAUGUACUCCAGAGACAGCCAGCCGUUCAGCCAGCAUGGACCCUACCUGAGGGACGACCCUACCCUCAACUUAGGGCCCUCUGAUCUGGGCUUCAUGCCCUUCAUUGGAGAGGUGCCUGAUCCCGAGCCCCGCGACCUAGCGGUGCAGAACGCCAAGGCCUACCUGCUGCAGACCAGCGUGAGCUGCAACCUCAGCCUGUAUGAGCACCUGGUGAAUCUGCUGACCAAGAUCUUGAACCAGCGGCCUGAGGACCCCUUGUCCAUCCUGGAAUCUCUGAACCGCACCACGCAGUGGGAGUGGUUCCACCCCAAACUGGACACGCUGCGGGACGACCCCGAGAUGCAGCCGACCUACGAGAUGGCCGAGAAGCAGAAGGCUCUGUUCCUCAAGGGUGGAGGAGAGGGCGAGCAGGAAAUGGAAGAGGAGGUGACUGACAGCCCCGUGCCCAACAUCAUGGAGGCGGCCUUCUACUUCGAGCAGGCGGGCGUGGGGCUGAGCUCGGAUGAAAGCUUCCGAAUCUUCCUGGCCCUGAGGCAGCUGGUGGAGCAGCAACCCAUCCACACGUGCCGCUUCUGGGGCAAGAUCCUGGGGCUGAGCCGCAACUACCUGGUGGCCGAGGUGGAGUUCCGCGAGGGCGAGGAGGAGGGCGAAGAGGAGGAGGUGGAGGAUCUGAUAGACGGGGCCGAUGUCCUGGAGGCGCACGGUGAGGAGGAAGGCGAGGAGGAUGAGGAGAAGCUGGUGGACGCCGUGCCCAAGCCGCAGUGGAAGCCGCCGCCCAUCAUCCCCAAGGAGGAGAGCCGCACAGGCACCAACAAGUACCUGUACUUCGUGUGCAACGAGCCGGGCCGCCCGUGGACGCGCCUGCCGCACGUGACGCCGGCGCAGAUCGUGUGCGCGCGCAAGAUCAAGAAGUUCUUCACCGGCCACCUGGACACGCCCAUCGUCAGCUACCCGCCCUUCCCGGGCACCGAGGCCAACUACCUGCGCGCACAAAUCGCGCGCAUCUCGGCCGCCACACACAUCAGUCCGCUGGGCUUCUACCAGUUCGGCGAGGAGGAGGGCGAUGAGGAGGAGGAGGGCGGCGCAGGGCGCGACUCAUUCGAGGAGAACCCCGACUUUGAGGGUAUCCCCGUCAUGGAACUCGUGGACUCCGUGGCCAACUGGGUACAUCACAUGCAGCACAUCCUGCCCCAGGGCCGCUGCACAUGGGUGAACCCAAUGCAGAAGACAGAGGAGGAGGAGGAGCUAGGGGAGGAGGAGGAGAAGGCGGAUGAGGGGAUGGAGGAGGUGGAGCAGGAGGUGGGUCCUCCACUUCUGACUCCUCUCUCUGAAGAUGCAGAAAUUAUGCACCUGUUGCCUUGGACCACGCGUCUCUCCUGCAGCCUCAGCCCUCAGUACUCGGUGGCUGUCGUGCGCUCCAACCUCUGGCCAGGGGCCUACGCCUACGCUGUUGGCAAGAAGUUUGAGAACAUUUACAUUGGCUGGGGUCACAAGUACAGCCCCGAGAACUUCAACCCAUCGCUGCCAGCUCCGAUUCAGCAGGAGUACCCCAGCGGCCCUGAGAUCCUGGAGAUAAGUGACCCCACGGUGGAGGAGGAGCAGGCCCUGAAGGCUGCCCAGGAGCAGGCCCUGGCAGCCGCCGAGGAAGAGGAGGAGGAUGAGGAAGAGGAGGAAGAUGAGGACCUAGAGGACUGAGGUCCCCAAGCUCUUUCCCACAGCCUUUCCCCUUAUAUGUAGCUAUAGAUUGU